CACCCUCCUUGUGGAAGUGUGCAGAGUGCGCCUUCGAUCGGUGAGUGAGCUCGAGGUGAGAUCAUCAGCGAAGCUAGCAAACGGCUGGCAAGGCAGACGAUCGAUAGUGGACCGGUAAUCAGUACCGGUUGUUCAUUCGACCGCUUCACAAGCUUCAACUUGGCGUCCCACAGGUAUUGGGGCUAACAGUGGACGAUGCGCUUGCUAGCAAUUCUCGCCAUAGCGCUGUGCAGUGCUCUGGCAGCAGUCCUCGGAUGUGAUGUCCCGCUGGUGCACUAUAAAACGAUGAAAUGCACCCCGGUCGGAAGCCGGCCCGAUGGUUGCCCGGAACGGUACGACUGCCCGUCGAUCACGGCACACGACAGCAGCAAGUGUUACUUUAACGGCAAAACGUACGACAUCGACCAGUCCGUGCCGGACACGGAGGUGGCGCAAUUUUGCUCCGCCCUCUGCUACUGCCGAUCGGCUAACCCGGUGGCGAAAUUCCGCUGCGUGCAUGUGGACUGUGCGGAGUUUUUCCAGCGCUUCGAUUACGACAACUGUCUGCGGCAGUACGAACGGCAACGGUGCUGCUCGACCGGUAAGGUGUGCGGUGACGCCCGCGACAAGCUCGCGACGUGCGAGCUGGAGAAUGAAAUCUACCGGGAAGGGCAACGUAUGCACUUCAAGGAUAACAAGUGCCGGACCUGCAUCUGUUCGGCCGGGUUCGAUCGUAACGCGACCGAUACGGAUCCGAACUGUUACGAUACGACCUGCGGGUUCGAGCUGUUCUCGGAGAAGCAGCUGUACGGCGGAGGCAUCCCCGUGUACAAGCAGGACGUGUGCUGUCCUUGGGAGUGGCGUACGCCGAAAGCAACGGAUAGUGUUGUGAAGGGUGCUGGCAGGGUUGCGACGGAUCCGAAGCUUCAGUGCAAGUACGGCAGUCUUACGCUGGAUGUGGGAGAUACGCUAAACAUACAGCAGAAGGCCGAGGAUCAGAAGAUGACCUGUAGCUGCCAAGUUCCGCCCCUGAUGCAGUGUGUGCUGAACUAAGGUAAUGCUUCUGCACCGGGAGGAUAACUUAAUUCUUCUAAAAGCGUAAAGCUAUGCACUGAUAGCAUGUGGGGAGGGAACCUUGAAGUGGUGGGAGAGUUAGUAUCUUGUGUAUGUGGAGCUAUACAUCCGAUGAACCCUCACUUACCCUAUCUACCCUACUUCCAGAAGAUAAGUAUAUCAGAAAUGCACACGUUUAUUGAGCAAAAUAAGAGUUACAGUGGUAAAAUA